GUUAGAAAACUUUUGGACUCUUGAAACAAUCGGGAUAAACAAUGAUAACGUGACGGACAAAUCUCAUACAAAACACUUUUUAGAUGAGAAUAUAACUUUUGAAAACGAUAGAUAUUGUGUUGCCAUGCCUUGGAUAGAGCCAAACGUACGGGUUGAUUCUAACUUUAACGGUGCCUUCAAUAGGCUAAAGUCAUUAACGCGCAAACUCAACGAACGCGGCAAACUUCGGGAAUACGAUUGUGCGAUGCGUGAAUACAUGAACAAUGAUUGUGCCGAACUUUUACCGGAAGUGACAAAUGACAUUCGAAUUUAUUUUAUGCCGCACCGGGCGGUAUAUCGGGAUGACAAAGACACUUCAAAAUUAAGGAUCGUGUUUGACGCGUCGGCGCACGCCCCUGGUAUGCCUUCGUUAAAUGACGUACUUUUGCAAGGCGAAAAUUUAGUGCCGUUUCUUUUACGAAUUUUAAUGAACUUUCGUGUCGGACGAGUUGCAUUUACAGCCGAUAUCGAGAAAGCUUUCUUGCAAAUCGCUAUAGCAGAACGCGAUCGUAAUUCUCACAGUUUUUUGUGGUAUAGCGUUCCUAUUGAUGACGUCAAUAAUCUUCCACGAAUAUCAAAAUAUCGAAUGAAACGUGUAACGUUUGGGAUUAAGUGCAGUCCCUUCUUGCUGGCGGUUACACUUAAGAAACUUUUACAAUCGCAGCCGGAAAAUCUAGCAGACACUUGCGAAAUUUUGAGGUCUUCAUUCUAUGUGGAUGACUUGGUAGUAGCAGUUGAUAACGUAACUCAAGCCGAACGUAUUUACUAAGAGUCCAAAGAAAUUUUAGCUAAAGCUAA